GUUAUCAAUUGUCUAGGUAUUUUCGUCAUCUUAGAUUUUUUAAAAUCGUGUUUGUAUUAUACCGGAUACAGAUAUGCCUUGAUUUGUUCCAUAUAAAACUGCCAUAAUUCGGAAUGUUGCAUGUCUUAUAUAUUUAUUUUUAAUUAAUAAUUCGGAGAAACGUAGAAUUUAAAGCAAGAUCAGAAGUUUGUACAACAUUUACAAUAUUAAAUGUAGUUACUAAGUGUUUUUCAAAACUACUGGGUAAAAAAGAAAACAUCUAUUAACCAAGCAGUGAUACAAUUGCGAGGAGAUGGCUUCAGAGACUGGUGUACCGGUGGAGCUCUAUAUUUAUGACCUCACACAUGGACUGGCUUCCAUACUAUCACCUGCUAUACUCGGCAAACGGAUCGAGGCCGUGUGGCACACGUCCAUCGUGGUGUACGAGCGGGAGUUCUUCUACGGCGGCGGUGGGGUCACCAGCUGCGCGCCGGGCGGCACGCAGCUGGGCCCGCCGCAUCAGGUAGAGCGGCUCGGGGAGACCUUCGUGCCAUUCCAGGUGUUCGUGGACUACAUGCAGGGGCUGGCCACCACCACCUAUACCGGCGCGGAGUAUCGGCUGCUGGAGCACAACUGCAACCACUUCAGCGAGGAGGUGGCGCAGUUCCUGUGCGGCGCGCAUGUACCCAAGCACAUUGUACAGCAGCCCGAGCUCGCGCUCACGCCGCCGCAGCGGCUCGCGCUGCAGGCGCUGCUCGACAACCUCGUGCCCGACUCCACGCAGGCGGUGUACGCGAACGGAGUGCGGCACAGUCGGCGCGACAGCCCCGACUUCCUUACGCUCAACACGCAGAUAGAGGAGGCUAGGGUUCAGAGCGCCGAGCUGGAGCAGCGGCGCAGCUCGCUGGCGGAGAAGCUGGCGCGCAAGGAGCGCAAGCGGGAGAAGAAGCGGAAGAAGAUGCAGCGCGAGCGCGGCGACCACGCGGCUGCAGAUAGCGAGAUGGCCGAAGCCGUGGAAGCGCCGCGGUCGGAGGAGCUGCCGCGCGCGGGCCCCAGCGCGGCCGAGCUGGAGCUGGAGGCGGACGAGCGCCGCCAGGAGGAGCAGCGCAAGCGCAGCCGCGACCCGCCCAUUGUCUACAAGGACAUCGAUGGUGCGGCUGAGUUCGAGAAGCUGUCGAAGGCGCUGGAAGGUGUGGAGUUGUCGCCGGAGGAGCGGCAGAGCCUCGAUGAGCUGCAGCAGUACCUCGUGCAGGGCGAGGGCAGCUGGGUACUCGGCGAUGAGUUCUUGACCUUUAUUGGGCGCGUGCUGAACGACCCCAGCAUCAGCAGCGAGGCGCGCGUGGACGCGCUGCGCUGCUUGGCGGCGGGCGCGCUGCGGGAUGACGUGUCGCUGCUGCUGCACCAGGACCGCCGCCACCACGCGCUGCUCAACUACGCGCACGGGCUCGACGGCCACCCGCUGCCUGAGCAACGAGCCACCGCGCUGCUGAUGUGUAACCUGUUCGAGAACAUAUCGUCAUCGGAGUGGUUGCUGUACAUCAGCGAGUGGGACUACAACGGGCAACCGCUGUCCAACAUACGUGCCACCACUAAGGUGUGCGUGCACAGCUGCCUGGCCGAGGACGCGGAGCUGCGCGAGCUGGGCACCGCCCUCAUGCACAACAUCGCCACCAAGGAGCGGUUCAGCGUGGGCCGCGCGCUCCGCGACCUGCUGCCGAGGCACGCCAAGUCCAAGGUGUUCGACGAGGUGUGCGUGGAGCUGGCGAUGGCGCUGCUGCAGCUGCUGCAGCUGCUGCAGCUGCUGCAGGCGGCGCCGGCCGAGGAGCACCUGUUCCGCGCGCUGCGCGCGCUGGCGCGCCUGGCCGCGCACUCGCACGACGUGCCGCAGCUCGUCGCCGUCGUCGGGCCCGACCCCUCCGCCUUCAGAGGCACGAGCCAGCGCGUGGACGAACAGAUAGAUUUAAUCAUGAAGAAAGUCAAGUAAACCACAAGUGCCUACGUAUGUAGUCUGAUAGUUAGUCUACUUCACCUACAGAGGGCGUUCUGUAUCGCAUCGGACAUUUUAUGAAUACGUUCAAUCUAGUUAGUGCUCAAAUGCAGUUGGCUCGUCAUUUUAAUUUCGAACACUUGGUCACACGAGCACUUUGUUUUUUUUUCAUUUCGAAGAGGUUGUUAGAUUAAGUAGAUAACACGCAUUAGAAGAGGAUAGUGCUCUGUCUCGUUUUCCGACAAAAGAUGGCGUUAGAGUCGUCGCUACCUAUUAUUUAUGUUCAGAUCAAUUAAUGAAGAAGUACUUUUUGUGAGCUUUUAUUAACAACAAUAUUGUACUAUAUUUGGCGUUAUUUAAUUUUUAAUAAGUCUGAUAUUUUUAUGUACAACUGCAUUAAAUUAAAAUAUUUUUUUUUUGUUGAAUUAUCUACGUACACGUGCAUACAGUUAGGUGCCUUUACAAAAUUUAAAAUCAGCCGCCAUUACAUUAAAAAAAAAUAGUUAUAUAUUACUCAGUAAAGGGGUAAUGCGAUUUCUUACAGUAGUAAUUAAUUUUUAUUAUAUUGUUGGAGUCAUUAUAAGCUGAUAUGCUAACCAUACAGUUGGCAUUCUUAAAAUUAUUAAAAUAAAAAAAAAAAUUAAAUAUUCUUAGUUGCACAAUAGUAACACUAGAUGCGUUGGAUACAAGUGUAAAUCUCUUAUGAAGUCAUGAUUGUAGGCUACAGAGACGUAACACCAUGGUCCUCGCACGAGGGUACCAGUAUUAUGAAUAUAGUGCUGGCCAUAUGUAUGGUUAUGGUUACCGCUUUCCAUCAGGCGGGCCGUCAACUAGUACUAUCGUGACUUGAUUUAUACAAAGAGGUCAUUUUACGUUAAGUGUAAUGUACAAAAUGUACUAUUAACAUAGCGUUUUUGGAAGCACUAUACAUGAUUCUAGAUUGGUUUAACUCAAAAUAUAGUAUGCCACGGUAUGGCAAGCUAUACAUAUGCGUAUAGUAAUUAUUUAUUAACGAUAUCCGAUGAUUAUAACAUCAAUAAUGUAUCAUUAGCAAUGAAGUUGUAUUGGAUCCGUACAAACGAUGGCGGCGUCGUGUUGUAACGUUGUAAAUAAAUUGUAGUGUUGUUAGCAAUGUAUCGGUAAGUGGACAAAUUUAGCGUAAGUACCUGAGCUUAUCACGAGCCUUUGUAUGAUAAUAUAAUUAAUGAAGUAUAUAUAUAUAUAUAUAUA